ACCAGCACAUUCGGAACAUGCACCAUCAGAGUCACUGACAAAAUGAAAACAGUCUUAUUCAACAUGGUUCAAGCUAUAACAGUCCUCACUGUUUUGAAGAUGCUCACCAACGCUCAAACUACGUGCAAUCAAGGAUUAGGCCGAGUUAUGUACGAAAGACUCCCUGACCAACAAUUGCAAGGCUUCGACGAUGAUGUGGUGAGGGACACAGCGCCACCUUUUCGUGUUUUGGAACAAUGUCAGGAACUUUGUUUGAGAGAUAGAACAGCGACUAACAACCUGGUACGUGCUUGCACCUCGUUCGAUUUCCAGCCAGGAAGCAGGAUCGCGUCCUUUAGCGGAACGGUCGAAUACGAAGAGUCUACUUGCUAUUUGACGAGAGAACAAGCCCAUCCGGAAGGGAUAGGAAAUUUAGUCCUCGUACCAAACAGUGUCCAUUAUACAGAAGUUUGCCUUUCCUCGAGUAGAAUCGAACGAGAAUGUCCCAGCAGGCACUACGUAUUCGAACGACACACGAGGAAAAAAUUGAAACUCGCCGUCUCUGACAUAAAAGAAGUGAUAGCAGCUAAUAGGACCGAUUGUGAAGACAGAUGUUUGAACGAAUUCAAUUUUGUCUGUCGUUCGGUGACGUACGACGCGACUGCAAGGACAUGUUGGCUCAGUAGAUUCACAAGACGCUCCCAUCCUCAACUUCUUGAGGACGACCCGAAUUCGGACUAUCUCGAAAACACCUGUUUGAACGCGGAGAGGCGUUGCGACGGUCCGAUCAUUUUUGUGAAAGAGGAAAACAAAAGGCUCGGAGGUCCGUUUGAAGUGGACAUCUACUCUAACUUGUCUCUAAUCGAAUGCCAAGCGCAAUGUCUUCGGGCGGAAAAGUAUUUUUGCCGGUCGAUAGAAUACGACGAGCAGAUUAGAAGAUGUAUCAUAUUCGAGGAGGAUUCUUUAUCUCAAAAAGACGAUUUAAGGAUUAGCAGCAGCCCAACUCAUGACCUUUACGAUCUCGUCUGUCUCGACAGCCCGAAAGGGAGUGAAUUUUCUGAAAAUUCCGGCACUUCCCACCUCUUUGCGGAUGGACGGAGGCCUGACACGGCUUUCCAGAGGUACAGGAACAGCCGGCUGGGUGGAGAGUUCCAUUCGGAGAUAACAGGGCGUUCGUUGAGCGAAUGUUUAGACGAGUGCCUGAGGCAGGCCAGUUUUCAAUGCAGAUCCGCGGUUUACAGCGAUCGGUUUAGAAUCUGUCGUCUAAGCAGGUUCAACCAAAGAGACGGCCACAGGAUAAUCUACGAUGCUGAUUAUGACUACUAUGAAAACUUGAUGAAUUAUUAUCUAGACGGGGAAUCUCCAGGGUCUGCACCGCAUUAUAGGCCUGAUCCUCUCGGACAAGACACUUCCUAUCACGGACAAGGGCGGCCACCACACCUCGGGGGACAUUAUCCAAUCGGAGGUGGAGGAAUUAGCGGAGGUGCAAUAGGAGGAGGAGUAGGAGGCGGCGUCGGCGGGGGAGGCGGCGGUGGAGCUUAUUACCCUGGAGGACACUUUCCCAUUGCAGGAGAACCCGGCUACUGGGGACCUUUGCAAGGUCACGGACCACCUGAUCAUCCUUACGGCGGUAAAAGUGAAAGGGGUGGUUUCGGAGGUGGAAAUAAUCUUCUAGGACCCGGGGGCGGAGGUCCGGGCGGCAUAGGGUUUUUCAGCCCUCACGCUCCCCCGGGCGAACCGGGGAAACCUUUCAUUUCGCGAUGUGACGAAGCUGAUUCUUUCAAACAGGUCGGUAUAAGGCUACGUGCUAGACGGCAGUUUAUUAGGAGAUUCCUGUCUGUUCCGUCGUUGGUUAUCUGCGAAAAGGCUUGCAUGGAAACGCACGAAUUCGUAUGCCGGUCUUUCAAUUUCAGGGCUUCUCCGACUGCACCGUUCUCACCCCAAAAGGAGAACUGUGAACUUAGCGACCACGAUUCCAGAGAUCUCAAUUUGAAUAACCCGUCAUUUUUCGAAACAACUGGGGACUACGACUUUUAUGAAAGAUCCGCGGGGAGAUCAGGCAAUGGGGACUGUUUAGAUGUAAACCAAGUUUGCAGUGAAGACGGAAUGGAAUUUACUCUUAGGACUCCGGAACCUUUCAUCGGAAGAAUCUACACUUAUGGAUAUUACGAUAGAUGUUUUUACAGAGGAAAUGGUGGAACGGCAAAUGUCUUGAGAAUCAGCGGAGCCCAAGGAUACCCAGAUUGUGGAACGAUAAGGUAUGGUGAUGUCAUGACGAAUAUUGUUGUCGUCCAAUUCAGCGAUUUUGUCCAAACCGGGAGGGACAAACGAUACAACUUGACCUGUUUGCUGAGAGGGCCUGGCGAAGCGGUCGUCACAUCGAGCUACAUGACCGCGAAUUCAGGAAGUCCGAUUCCUAUUGAAUACCUACCGGCUGAAAAUUCGCUCAGCUCUCGUGUCCGCCUACUGAUCCUAUUCCAAGGAAGGCCGACCAACACUAUCGCAGUCGGCGAUCCACUGACUUUCAGACUCGAGGCGCAAGACGGUUACAAUUACGCGACGGACAUAUUUGCCACAAAUGUGAUCGCACGAGAUCCCUACUCGGGUCGCUCUGUUCAACUAAUCGACAGAUUUGGAUGUCCUGUGGAUAAUUAUGUAUUCCCCGGUCUAGACCGAUCAAGAGAAGGUGACGGUUUAGAAGCUCGUUUCAACGCGUUCAAGAUCCCAGAGUCGAACUUCUUGGUGUUCGAGGCGACAGUCAGAACUUGCCGAGAAGGGUGCCAACCGGCAUAUUGUACAGGACAUUCGGGAAAAAGCGAACCAUCUCUUGGAAGGAGAAGGAGGGAGGUGAGCAGCGAUGACUACCCCAAGGAAGUUAUCCCUCCCUUAAACGGUACCGACAAUGAAGAACAUGUUCGAGAAAUGAUAGAGGUUUUUGAGUCUCGCUAUGAAAUGCCGCAGCAACAGAAGGUGGAAACUCUAGAUGGGAAUGUCUGCCUUACCAAUAAGGAAUAUUAUACAUUAGUUAUGGCUUUGACUUUAGUUUUUAUUUCUCUUACUGCAGUUAUUAUUUAUUGGUUUUUAUGCUACAGAAAAAAAUGGAAAAUUAUGAAAAAAAAUAUUGCAACUGACAAUGCUUCUCACUAUAUUGACAAUCGGCCAAAUGUCUUUUCCGUUCUUAUGCCAACAACAAGUAAAUCAUUUUUAACUGGAAGAAGUUCUAGAUGUAUGGUAGAUGUAAACCCGACAAUCAGCGGAAGACACUUUGAAGACCCGAGUGAGCCGAUUUACACCGACCCAUCACUAUUUGAAAGAUCUAGAAGCUUAAGAAGUAUCGCUGUACUCCAAGAAGAACACAACAUACCUAAGGACAUUUAAAGGAAUAUUCAUUUACAUUUCAUAUUUACCAGCAUCCUUUAUACUUGAAUUCAUAAUUAUGAUAAAACGUAUACGAGCUUUCUGAUAAAUCUAGCUCUGGUAAUAUUUAAGGAAUUGGAUUCUGGAAAAUUAUAGAUAGAUAUGAAGAUUAUACAUAUACAAUAUUUAUUUUGAUUCCUCCUGCUAUGAAAUUUUAAUAGAGUUCCAGUGUACAGUGUAAAGUACCAGCAAUAAUUAGGCUUUUUUCAAAAAUUUUUAUAUAGUUUUAAUUUAAAAAAUGAACAUU